UUAUUUGUCAGGCGGGGGCAAGACUAACUUCACAUCUACAGGUAGAGAUGCCCAGGAAACAGUAAAAUCUUUCACGUAUUUUCAUUUAGUGCUAUAAUGACAAUGGAUGAAACUAUGCCUUUGGAAUAAAGAGGGAUUUUACUGAGCGAUGGGGAACACUAUUUUCUGCUAAUACUAAUAGCCUGGGGCCUUCUGGAAAACCGAAUUAGAUGUUGUAGAAGCGACAUCACAACCGGAUAACAGAUUCGUUGCAAAUUCAAGGAGUCUGACGCAGUAGCCUACAAUAUUUUACAACAGUUUGAAAGAAACAACAUAAGACGUAACAAUGGCUAUGCAUUUAUAUCAAGUUAGUAGUAUGCUAAUAGAAAAUACAGUCGGGAAAAUGAGUGACAACUUGACAUCAGUGGUCCUUGCCGUGUCUGUGAUAACCCUAACUUUGGGAUAUAUUUCUAAACUGGUGCUCAAACAGUCACAAUCUUCUUCAGAAGAACACAAGAAAUACCCACCAUACAUACCUUCUAGCAUUCCAUUUCUGGGUCAUGCCAUAGCAUUUGGGAAAAGUCCCAUUGAAUUUCUGGAGAAUGCAUAUGAAAAGUAUGGGCCCGUUGUCAGCUUUACCAUGGUGGGCAAAACCUUUACCUACCUUCUGGGUAGUGAGGCAGCCACACUGAUGUUCAACAGCAAGAACGAAGAUCUCAAUGCAGAAGAUGUCUAUUCUCGAUUGACCACGCCAGUUUUUGGAAAAGGGGUUGCCUACGAUGUACCUAACCAUAUCUUCCUGGAACAGAAGAAGAUGUUUAAGACAGGACUGAACAUCGCCCAUUUCAAACAGCACGUUGAAAUCAUAGAGGAGGAAACGAAGGAGUACUUUUCACGAUGGGGAGACAGUGGGGAACAAAACCUGUUUGAGGCCCUGUCGGAGCUGAUAAUCCUGACGGCCAGUGCCUGUCUGCAUGGGAAGGAGAUCCGCAGCAUGUUGGACGAGAAGGUGGCCCAGCUCUACGCAGACCUGGACGGGGGCUUCAGCCACGCUGCCUGGCUGCUGCCCGGCUGGCUGCCCCUGCCCAGUUUCAGACGAAGGGACAGAGCACACAGGGAGAUCAAGAACAUAUUCUACAAGGUCACCCAGAAACGCAGAAGCUCUGGAGAGAAAGUGGACGAUAUGCUGCAGACCCUCAUAGAUGCCACCUACAAAGAUGGGAGGCCCCUAAAUGAUGAUGAGAUAGCGGGCAUGCUGAUUGGUCUACUCCUGGCCGGACAGCACACAUCUUCCACCACUAGUUCCUGGUUGGGCUUCUUCCUGGGCAAAGACAAGGCCCUACAGGACCGCUGCUAUGCUGAACAGAAAACUGCAUGUGGAGAAGACUUGCCCCCACUCAACUUUGACCAGCUGAAGGACCUGACUAUGUUGGACCGCUGUUUGAAAGAGACCCUCCGACUCCGUCCACCCAUCAUGACCAUGAUGAGAAUGGCACGCUCUCCUCAGACUGUAGCAGGCUACACCAUCCCAGCUGGCCACCAGGUGUGUGUGUCCCCGACAGUCAACCACCGUCUGCAGGACACCUGGACAGAGAGGAUGGAGUUUAGACCUGACCGCUACCUUAACGACAACCCUGCCGCAGGGGAGAAAUUUGCCUAUGUGCCCUUUGGUGCAGGCCGUCACCGCUGCAUCGGGGAGAACUUUGCCUACGUUCAGAUCAAGACCAUCUGGUCUACCAUGCUGCGCCUUUACGAGUUCAACCUGGUCGAUGGUUACUUCCCCACAAUCAACUACACAACCAUGAUUCACACCCCGCACAACCCCGUCAUCAGAUACAAGAGGAGACAACACUAAGAGACACUGAGCGUAAAACACAGCAGAGAAAAGAGGUUACACCCAGGAGAAGAGCAAGGCUUUGUCCAAAAUGGUUUCCUAUUCUAUAUUGUACUACUUUUGGCCAUAGCCUCAUAGGGCUGCCUCAUAAGGCUCUGGCCAAAAGUAGUGCACUAUAUAGGAAAUAGGGAGCCAUUUCAGAUUUGCCUCAACAAACAACCUUACCUUUAACGGUUUUAUUUAGAGAACAUUCUUGUACUUGAAUUUAGGAACUGUUCAAAUUAACACAAGAGUUCUGUCUGAAAAUCUAAUUCACUUUACUUUUUGUUGCCCCCACCUUAUGUUUGCUGUGUUUUUAAUUUGCUAGAAUGUAUUGCAAGCCACAGGAGGCUGGUGAGGGGAGGACGGCUCAUAGUAAUGGCUGGAAUGAAGUAAAAUGGAAUAAUGUCAAACACAUGGAAACCACUUGUUUGAUGUGAUACCAUUGUUCAGUUCCAGCCAUUACUAUGAGCCCGUCCUCUGAUUUAAAAGGGACACCAGCCACCACUGAUGUAAGCCUAAACUGAAUCAGUUUGUUUAUUCAUAGCCUGAUCCCAGAUAUAGGCCAACGACCAUAGGAUUUGGCUAUGCAACACAAACAGAUCUGGAACCAGGCCUCAGCUUUUGGCCGUUCUAUUUCAAAAUGUCAUGGUAAUACAUAUAGCUUUCAAGCUUCCACUGUCUGAAAUGUGAUAUGGAGUCCACUGUGUAGGAGUGACAAUACUACUGUAAGAAUGAAUAUUACUGGAGUAAGAAGCACUUAAGCACUGCCUUUUCUAGAGCAGUGAGAAAUAUUAAAACCACUGAUCCUUAUCCAUUGCUUCAUAGAGAUCAGUGAUCAAACCAACCAUCACUGACUUUGUAUGUACUGUCCAUUCAUAAUUGUACAAAGAUAGAGGACCUGGGCUGGGUCAAACAAAGAACAAGGACUUGAAACGGGGAGGGACAACCUGCACUUGCUCAACAAGAGACUAAUUUUCUGUUGUGUGCCCUAAUAAACACGACUUGGUGUAUUGAGUGGGAAUGUUGGAAGGUCAUGGUGUAGUUUGACCAAUGCAGUGCCUUGAUGAUGGAAAAUGAUUACUCCAUUUUGUUUAGAUUGAUUGUACUGUUUGAAGCCUAAUUUUGUGAACAUUUGCACCUUUUAAAUAAAAAUUAUAUCUGAGAUGAUGCCAUGUGAAUUCCAGGA